UUGAAGAAGAGCUAUUUUUCCUCGGCGCUCGCCGCCAACUUCCAUCUCAAGAUAUAGCUGCAGAGGAGAGAGCUCGCGAGAAGCACAAGAAUGGUGCUUUGGGAGGUAACUUUGGCAACUGCCUACUUCUUAGGGCUGAGAAGAACGUAUAGACUCGCGCUUGGGGUUCAGAGGCGCUUGAUUGGCCCCGACAAUCCUAGGCUCCGCCAAUUUCUUCACCGGCGCACACGUGCCAUCUUUGAUGUCGUAAUCAAAGUUCACCAGAACAUACAGCAUAGGGACAUCGAAGCCGGCAGGAACCUCGGAAACUGGGUUCUUCGAUGGCUCGACCGCAUGAAACCCUCUGCAGAAAUUCGUUCCCUCUCGACAAACCGGUGCCUCACCCCUGCAAUUCCCAUUCUAGAAUCGAGCAACCGCAUGCCGGCUGUUGCUCGAAAGCCAUAUGUGAAGCUUGCAGACAGGGUAGUGAAAGGGAGACUGCUGUUCGCUCGAUGGAAUUUGAUGGCAAAGUACUCGCCAACUGUUGCCAUGAUGAUGAUGCAGCCGAUGAAAUCGCUCGGCAUGAAUGGCCAGCUCAGGCAGCUCACUGGCAAUGCAUAUCAAAAACCUGCGAAUGGAUUCAACAGAUAUGAAGGUGUUUUCCGCCAGGAUAUUGCUAUCCUGAUGCAGCGAAAUUAGUAAUUGCUUUGUUUUCUAAUUGGGAUAGUUUACAUAUAAACCACCCGAAGCAUUGAUAUUUACAAAUUAAAAUCUAUGUAUCUAAGCGCGGUGAUAAAACUAUUGAGAAUUUGAUAAAAUGGCAAAUAUGGGUUGGGGUUUUAUCAUGAAUUUUGAUAUUUAAGUGA